AUGGCGUCGGCCAGCAGUGCUAGCGGCUCCGAGCAGAGCAAGUACGUGACGCUGGUCUCGAGCGACGGCUUCGAGUUCGUCGUGCUUCUCCAGGCCACCCUCGUCAGCCCCGUCAUCAGGGGCAUGCUGGAUCCGCAGAGUCAAUUCGUCGAGGCGCGGACGGGUCGAUGCGUCUUCGAGGAGAUCAACGGUAUGGUCCUGGAGAAGGUAGUUGAGUACUUCCACUACUGGUACAAGUAUCGCGAGAGCGAAGACGUCCCAGACAUGGAAAUCCCCGUCGAGCUGUGUCUGGAGCUCCUCAUGGCGGGGAAUUACCUUGGCCUCGACAAGCAGACCCCUAUGAAUGUGCCUAUGGGCACUGCACUCGGGGACUAG